UCUCCCUCCAUACAAAAUCCAAUUAACUUUCACUUCUUUAUAUUCCAACUUUUUAUCAUUUACAGGCCUCCACCGGUCUCUUUAUAACCUCUCCUCUUCUCCCCGGCCAAAUUCACCUGUCUUUUCCUUCAAUUCCCUCCUAUUUACCCCCCAGUCUCUCUACGAUCCUUCCAUUUCCUUCUCUUCAAACCCUAUUUGACCAUGAAUUAAUUAUAGGGUUUGUCCUAACCUUUAAAAGACCGUAAUUCGUCGAAAUUAUCCUGCAAUUCCUUCAAUUGAAGUUCUAUUCUUCCAUAUUUUUCUAUCUUUUGAUUCAUUUCACUCGAAUUCAUAGCUAAGAAACUAACUUUUUCUAGGGUUUCCAUGUUUCGAUGAAAUCAUGGACGAUUUCAAGGCAGAUAUUGAUAAGGAGUCAUGUUCGAAGUCAAUAAACGAGACGGUGAAUGGGUCUCACCAGUUUACGAUAAAGGGGUAUUCAUUAGCGAAGGGGAUGGGAGCUGGGAAAUGCAUACCGAGUGAUGUUUUCAAUGUAGGUGGUUAUGAUUGGGGGGUUUAUUUUUACCCAGAUGGGAAAAACCCUGAAGAUAGUUCGAUGUAUGUGUCGGUUUUUAUUGCAUUAGCGAGCGAAGGAACGGAUGUUAGGGCUUUGUUUGAGUUGACGCUGGUGGAUCAGAGCGGGAAAGGGAAGCAUAAAGUGCAUAGUCAUUUUGAUCGUGCGUUGGAGAGUGGACCUUAUUCGUUGAAAUACAGAGGGAGCAUGUGGGGUUACAAACGUUUCUUCCGAAGGACAACCCUGGAAACUUCUGAUUAUCUGAAGGACGACUGCCUUAUCAUGAAUUGCACUGUUGGAGUUGUCAGAACACAUCUUGAAGGACCGAAACAGUACUCCAUUUCAGUUCCGCCUUCAGACAUGGGUCAGGGUCUUAAAGAACUCCUGGAGUCUGAAGCUGGUUGUGACAUAGCUUUCCAGGUUGGUGAUGAGACAUUUAAAGCUCAUAAGUUGAUCCUUGCUGCUCGUUCACCUGUUUUCAGAGCUCAGUUUUUUGGACUUGUUGGGGAUCCUAAAAUGGAUAAAGUAGCAGUGAAGGAUGUUGAUCCUUUGAUAUUCAAGGCAAUGCUUCUGUUUAUAUACACGGACAAACUUCCUGAUGUGCAUGAGAUAACGGGUUCUACAUCGAUGUGCACAUCCACCAAUAUGGUACAGCAUCUGUUGGCUGUCUCUGACCUUUACAAUUUAGAUCGGUUGAAAUUGUUAUGUGAAUCAAAGUUGUGUGAGGAACUAAGUGCCGAGACAGUAGCAACAACACUGGCGUUGGCCGAGCAGCACCAGUGUAUGCAACUCAAGGCCAUCUGUUUGAAAUUUGCAGCAAAUCCAGCAAACUUGGGAGAGGUAAUGCAGUCAGAAGGGUUCCGGCACUUAGAGGAGAGCUGCCCUUCAAUGUUAUGUGAGUUGCUGAAGACAUUCGCUUCAGGAGAUGAGAACACGAGUCUUCUGUCUGGUAGGAAGAGGAGUGGCAGCAGCAUGCUUGGGCUUGAUUUGGCGACUGAUGGGGCUCCAGAAGAAUCAGCAAAUCCCAAUGGCAGGCGUCUGAGGAGGCGGUUUUAGAUAUAGAUAGUUGCAUGCAAAUUGUAAUUCUGUCACCCUCUACGAAAUGUGAUCGAGUGAUAGAGUGACUGACAUUCUAAGUUUCGUCCUGCCAUCCUGUAUGGGAGAAUAUGAUCAAAAGUGUUAGUAGUUAUUGCAGGUUUUGCUAGAAAAUGCCUGUUUAUUUUGUUUUUACAA